AUGUUGACCGCCGCUUUCACAUCCUUCCUCCAUCGCACGACGACCUAUCACGGCGGAGUUGGAACUGGAAUCCGCCGCAGCUUUUAUUUUCUCUCAGAGAGACAAGAGAGCCCUUACUAUGUCUCUAGAGAUCCCCAUCCGAGCAAGAAAACUAUUCUCAGAGCCUUCUUGGACGACGACAAACCUAAGGUCGCUAACCCUGGCGGUGAUGCCAUUGGUAAAGUCUCCACGGCUCAAGCUGACUAUAUGCGAGUCAUUGUUCAACAUGUACAUGGCUAUGUCAAAAGUGAUGAUGGUCAUGAUGAUGAUAAGAUUGGCGUUGAGUUGCUUUGCAUGGUGAGAAACUUGUUUAAGAAGAUAGGGAGGACGGUUCUUGUUGGUGAUAAAGUUUACCUGAAUAACAUUGAUUGGAUUGAUCGGAGAGCAAAGAUCGAGAAUGUUUUCAAACGAGUCUCCGAGAUUUUGGAUCCACCUGUGGCCAAUGUGGAUCACUUACUCAUUCUCUUCUCUCUUGAACAACCUAAGGUUGAUCCUUUCACACUCACCAGGUUCUUGGUGGAAGCUGAAUCCGUUGGCAUUCGAGUCACGCUUGCCUUGAACAAAUGUGAACUCGUCACUCAAGAGGAAAUGGAAUCUUGGAAGACAAGAUUGCGUGGUUGGAACUAUGAACCCUUGUUUUGCAGUGUUGAAACUAAAGUUGGACUUGAUGAUAUUGCGUUUAAACUGAAAAAUCAGACUUCUGUGAUUGUUGGCCCUAGUGGUGUUGGGAAGUCAAGCUUGAUCAACAUAUUGAGAAGUGGCUUUGGUGGUACCAUUAAAUACGAAGAAGGGUUUAAGCCUUGGUUUGAAGAGCAAAGCGUAGGGGAAGUAUCAGCUAGAAAUGGAAAAGGUAAACAUACAACGCGAAACGUAACGCUACUUCCUCUUCGUGAAGGUGGAUACCUUGCUGAUACUCCUGGCUUUAACAACAUAAGAGUACAAAAGCAAAAACUUCCCCUAUGUUUUCCUGAGAUACGUAAAAUGGUUGUGGGAGGACAAUGUGAAUUCCAAAACUGUUCGCAUAUAGGGGUACAAGGCUGUGCCGUGAAAGGUGGUUGGGAAAGGUAUCCUUACUACUUGCAACUUCUUGAAGAGAUCAAAAUCGAUGAGGAGUCUCAACUUAAUAAGUAUGUAACCAAAAAGGAAGGUGGUGUUAGGUGCAAGAUGGGAGAGAAGGGUAUGGAACAAGGUAGAGCACGGCUAGAUCGUAAGAAGUAUAGGAUAGAGUCGAGGAAGAAGAUGAAACAGACAAUGAUGACUGAGCUUAAAUUUUAA